GAGGACAUCCGCUUGUCUUGCAGUCAACAAGAAGAGGGAACUGUGAGGCAGAAGCGAAAGUCUGAAUCUCCAGGCCAUAAAACAGUGAAGAAGACUAAGCAGAGUGUGGUAGUACCAUUUCGUGGCAACAGCCACAAAUCCCGAAAAGGGAAGAGUUAUGGUAGCGACAAGGAAAAUGCAGAACCCCUCAUCAAGGAGUGUUCUCUUUCAUCUUCAAAAGGCAUGGAAUCCCUCCCUAUUGCACAGGAGACCAUUGCCAAAACUCCUUUGCAUCUUCAGGGAAAACAUGUGGCACGAACCCAUACAAGCAUAUUAAAGCGUACUGCACAAGAGAAGCUGAAGAAGGCUGUACGUAGGAGCUCACACCGUGGAAAGCCCACACAGAAA